AUGAAUCCUGAGCUGCGAAGACAAGUUAUCAACGUGUAUAAAGAGCUCCUGGAGAUGGGUAAACAUUAUCCCUUGGGCUAUGAGUAUUUUCGACCUCGUCUGCAUAAAGCUUUCAUGUCACAAGCUCACCUGAGAGACGAAGAGCAAAUUCGGCAGGGAAUUAAAAGAGCCGAAUUCGUGAAGAAGGAGAUUGAGGCGCUCUACUUCCUCAAAAAGUACCGUUCGAUGAAGGAACGAUACUCUUGA